UUCACAGUACAAAGGUUCCUCCACAGCAACUUUUUUUCUUCGCUUUUCAUUCUCUCUCUCUCGCUCUCUCUCUUUCCUUGGGGUAGAUAAGUGCUAGAGCCAACGCUAACGUGUGGGAUUUCUGUUUACACAGCCACCAUGGAGGAGGAAGUGGGAAUCCCUGUCCCGUUCAAGUACCCCGCCUCUGACUUCUUGUUGACUGUCAGUGGUCUGUUGUUUUUUCUCACGGAUGUGGUACUAGACGUGUUGGCGGUGGUGUCUUUUUACCGACAAGAGGCCUACGUGUUCAUGGGAAUGCUGGUGUUUCUACUACUGGGCUCCUCAGCCCUGGUCCAGGCUUUCAGCUGGCUGUGGUACCACUAUGACAAGGACAGGACUGAGACCAGGACAGAGAGCCUUGUGAAGAGCCUCCGCUCCCUCAAGAUCCUCCAUGUGUUCCAGAUGGGAGUCUACCUCAGAUACGCUGGUGUGGUGAGGAUCUCGAUAUGUGGCUUCUGCUGUGGAAAGCGUUACACGGAGGGCGAUGCUGUAUUUCUGACCCAUGACCUCAACAUGCUGCGCCUCAUCGAGACCUUCUCUGAGAGCGCCCCACAGCUUGUCCUCAUGCUCACCAUCAUCAUCCAGAGGGGAGAGGUGGAGCCCAUCACAAUCUUAAAGGCACUUGGUUCAGUGUCUGCCAUCGCCGUCAGCGUGACCAUGUACCACCGCUCCCUGCGUUCCUUCCUCCCAGACAAGGCCAAGCAGGGCUGGUGCUCCUCAGUGGUCUUCUUCAUGUGGAACCUGCUCCUGAUUGGUCCACGCGUGGCAGCAGUCGCCCUCUUCACCUCGGUCUUCCCCUGCUUCAUCGCUGCCCACUUCCUGUCUUCCUGGAUGGUUCUAUUUUUCUUCGUCUUGCGACUGAAGACGGACUUCAUGGAGAGCGCCGGCGGAGAAUGGCUCUACCGGGCCACCGUAGGUCUCAUCUGGUACUUCAGCUGGUUCAACGUGGCGGAGGGGCACACCAGGUGGCAGAGCACCUUCUACCACACCUGGAUAGGAGUGGAUAUUGGGAUGCUUUGUGGUCUUUGGGUGUGGCAGAUGAGCAAGAACCCUCCAUAUUUUGAACUGCCCCUAGAUCCUUAUGUCAUCCUUGGCAUUAUGAUCUCACUCUACAUAGCUGGGCUCUGUCUUAAGGUGAUAUACUACAAAUUCUGUCACCCAAAGAUUACAAAGCUGGGAGAAGUUGAGUAUCACCUUGAGCCGAGGUCGGAGGAGGUCCCCACAGAUGGGGAUGUAGUUGACUCUGGGUUAAUGAACCGUAGUAGGGGUCUUACAGAGCCCGUCAGAACCUACUUAGGCCCUCCGGAACCGGCCGUCAGGAUCAAUAACAGGAUGAGGAAUUUAGCUGAUAACUUCUACUCUUAAUCCGGAUUAUCAGAUGCCUCCUACACAUUGAGAAGACUGUAUGGGCUUGUUCAACAUUGUAGCCGACAACCCAGCCAGGCGACUGCCGACUGACUGAUCUACAAAUCACCUUGCAUCAUAAAUAACUACUCAUUAUUUGUAGAUCAGUCAGUCAGAAUUGACCCACAAUGAGUAAAAUUUACCCACAAUGAGUAAAGGGUCUGUCGGUUUACGAUCCAUCCGUGUACUUGAUUAAUUCAUCAAUCAAUUAAUUAAUCAACGACACUAAUUAGUAAGGAACUCCCCUCACCUGUUUGUAUAUAGGUCUUAAUUGAAAGGAAAAAAACAAACUCAGUGGAACGAGUCCUACUUAAAUGAACCAUCUCUACAGUGUGACACACUAAAUGUUAGCAGGGUGUGCACUCUGUCAGGACUAGACGGUAAAAACCUUCAGGGGAUCUCAGAAUGGGAUUUUAACAGUGCAGUUCUGAGUGAACGUUUCCUUGGUCUUCGUGUGUACAGUCGUGGUCAAAAGUUCUGAGAAUGACACAAGUAUCGGUCUUCACAAAGUUCGCUGCUUCAGUG